UUAGUACUAUCGAUGUGCGAGUCACUGUCACAGGGACGCACUAGUUGAAGUUAAUUAUGUUAGUUUUUAUCCGAUCCAUAAAAUAUACGUUUGUGAUGGUGGAAUUGUUACUUUGUAAAUAAUAUAUAUUUUGAUAAACACGUUAUAUUUUUAGAAGAUUUAUGUCGUAUAGAUAAAUGCAAUAAAUUUCAAGAAGAAAUAAUAUCAAUGUAAAUUGAUUAACGUUGUUCGAAAGAAGAGGUUAAAAUGAUUGACAUUAAACUGUCAUUGUUAACCGAUUUCUCCUAGCGUUUUUAUCUGUUCACAAUUUUAUUAACGAUAUAGUAGUGACUAAAGUGUUUACAUUAUCUCAACAUCCUCCUAUUUUUUAACGAUGAAUGCUGUUAAUAUCCUAUUAUAUGAUUUUUACAAAAGUAAAUAACGUCUUAUCAGUCGAGCGAUAAAAUUGGUAGACUUUGAUAUACUUAUGAAAGUACACACGUUACAAAAGUAUGUGAAAUAUUGUACAUCAUAUAAAAGCAAUGGCUUCAAUCUGUAGACGAUGGAGAUUAUGGAUAUUACCAGUUUUGACUUGCUUGUAUGCUCUCUUAAUUGUUAUAUUAGUACCAGUUUUAAUAGCUAAUUCUAUUAAGACUGGUUUUAAUAAACAAGAUCAAGGUGCAUUGGUGGGUGGAGCGUUUGUAUUAUUGGCAUUACCUAUCGCUUUCUAUGAAAUCGUCCAACAUAUGAUAUAUUAUACUCAGCCUAGGUUACAAAAAUAUAUCAUUAGAAUAUUAUGGAUGGUACCUAUUUAUGCGGUAAAUGCUUGGUUGGGACUUGUAUAUCCUGAAGGCAGUAUAUAUGUGGAUAGUUUAAGAGAGUGUUAUGAGGCAUACGUGAUAUAUAAUUUUAUGAUGUAUCUGUUGGCCUAUCUAAAUGCAGAUCAUCAAUUAGAACACAGAUUAGAAAUGUCUCCUCAGGUACAUCACAUGUUUCCUUUAUGUUGUCUUCCUGAUUGGGAAAUGGGACGAGAAUUUGUACAUAUGUGCAAACAUGGUAUUUUACAAUACACAGCAGUUAGGCCUAUAUCAACUUUAGUAUCUUUUAUAUGCGAACUAAAUGGAGUAUAUGGAGAAGGGGAAUUUAGAGCAGAUGUUGCUUUCCCAUACAUGAUUGCUCUAAAUAAUUUGUCUCAAUUUAUUGCAAUGUAUUGCUUAGUUCUUUUCUAUCGUGCUAAUUCGGAAGCUCUGAAACCAAUGAAACCAAUUGGAAAGUUCUUGUGUAUCAAAGCAGUCGUUUUCUUUUCGUUUUUUCAAGGAGUUAUAAUCGCUUUGUUAGUAUACUUUGAUGUAAUAUCAAGUAUAUUUAAAACAGAGAACACUCACAUCAUAAGAAAUAUAUCUUCCAAAUUACAAGAUUUUUUCAUUUGCAUCGAAAUGUUUUUAGCUGCGGUAGCACAUCAUUACAGUUUUACAUAUAAACCAUUUGUAAAUUUAGCACAGAGUCAAGCUUGGUGGGAUGCAUUUAGGGCAAUGUGGGAUGUUUCCGAUGUACAUAACGAUAUUAAAGAACAUUUAGGAGUUGUUGGAUCAUCAUUAAGUCGCAGAAUUAGAGGACGAAGUGCUUAUCAACAAGCAUGGGGAAGUGCGACGGAACGUACAUCGCUUCUUCCUGAAGCAGCAGCAGUAAUGCCUAGAAGCGCACCUGCUUGUUCAUUUUCUAGUUAUAAUACAGCUGAAAAUGAACAGAAUAAUAAUCCCGGUGAUAGUUUUUCUGUAUCAACUGACAUAAAUACCGAUACUAAUAACAUAAAUACAUAGUCCGGUGUCGAAAUCGUACGUAUGUGAGUAAGAACAUUUGAAUGGACAUAAUAUCAUACUUUCUUUACACAAAUCAACAUAUAUCAUUUAAACGAAAAGAAAAAGUAAGAAGAACAAAAAUACACGAGUAUACAAAUUCUCAUAAGUAUAACAACAACAACAACAACAACAACAACAAUAAUAAUAAUAGUAAUAAUAUAAUAAUAAUAAUAAUAAUAAUAAUAAUAGUAAUAAUAAUAAUAAUAAUAAUAAUAGUCUGCCUUUUUGUAAGGUAUUUGAGAACAAGGAUUUGAUAAAACAAUAAUAAUAAUAUAAAUGUCAACUUAGCUUUCAGUAUAUUUUAAUUUAAUAGAAUUGAUAAAUUUUAUGUUACCAUUGAUAUUGCCAAAAAUUGUCUAUAUGCAUAUUAGUUCCUUAUAUAGAACAAAUUUUAUUUAGGGUCUACUUGUAUGUGUGUGUGCGCGGUGUACGGUCACAUAUGUAUAUACAUGAUGUAUUACGAUGCUUUUUUUGCCUUCAAGAGAUGCGUGAUAUACCUUUUUUUUUUUGUGGAAAUUCUUUUCAUUUCUAUAGUAAAUAUAGAAAAUAAAAUUUUGGAAAUUGAAGGUUCUUUUCAAAUGAAAAUUGCAAAUAUUGUGUGAUUAAAGAAACGAUAUUAUUUAUUAUUUAAAUAGUAUAUUUUCUUGAGUUUAGUAUUAUGUUCAAUUGUAUUAUUAAUGAAUUAAUUACAAUUCUGUUAUAAUAUUAUAAACUAUUUCAUAUAUGUUUCAUAGAUUAAUACGCGAAUAACGUGUAUAGCUGCACAUUUAUAAUUGUUUAAAAAUACUUACAUGCUAUUUUUAAUGAUAAUUUUCUUUAUUAACCACAUUUUAGCUUUAAAAAAUUAUUAAAUUUUAAAAUUCUCUGUAUGCGUAUGUAUAAGAUUCAAAUAUUUACUUUAUAUUUGCCUAACAAAUGUGUAGAGUUUUAUGUUGCGAGAUUUAAAAAUUGGCGCCAUUUCGUAACCACGCAACAUGGCGAUACUCAUUGUGCGUAUACUCUAUAUGUAUAUGUGUAUGUAGCAUUGAGGUAUUGACGAAGAACGUUCUCAAUUUGGUGUUUUAUUAAGUUCAUCAAUUAAAACUCUUACAGGUUUUUAGACCGUUAUCAAAUACGUGAUAAUGUGGCAAGAUAAAGAGAUAAGAUUCGAUGUAUUUUACACGUAAUUAUUUUAUCAGAAUAAUAAUUUCAUAAAACUGGCA